AUGACUGUCAUUUCUCACUUGUACGACCUUCGGUGGGCGGCCUUAGGUGUUUUGCUGGCGGUCUACGUUGGCAAGAAGAUUCGAGCAUACAACCGACUCAAGGCUUUCAAUGGCCCUUUCAUCUCGGGUUGGUCUGAAAUCUGGCAUGUUUUUGCUAUUCUGAGCUUCAAGUCGCAUUUGAAGUAUCAUGAGGUGUGCAAGAAGUACGGAUCCAUCGUGCGCAUCGGACCCAAUGACCUGGUCACAUCGUCGCCAGAACUGUUGCUGCACAUGAGCGCUGUCCGCUCACCGUACACCCGGACUGAGUGGUUCUAUCGCGCCUGUCGCGUACGGCCCGACAAGGAUCAUGUCUUUAGCGAAAUGGAUGAAGAGAAACAUAAGCAGCUGAGGGCAAAACUAGGUGCUGGGUACUCUGGAAAGGAGAAUCUUGCGUUGGAAGAUUCAGUCGACAUCCAUGUCUCUGAACUACUCGAUCUCAUUCGGUCAAAGUACCUCUCAACAGAGGCUUCAGCAAGACCUUUGGACCUUUCUCAAAAGAUUCAAUAUCUGACGCUCGACGUAAUCAGCCACAUUAGCUUCGGCACUCCCUUUGGUGACUUGAGCUCAGAUUCCGAUGCCUACGACAUUGCCAGGUCAGCUGAGGAAGGCUUGACAGCAGUCACUGCCAUUAUCGCCCUGGGUCUGUACAAAGUCUUGCAAAACCCCUUUGUCGCGCGUUACAUUGGUAUCAAGGAGACCGACCCCUCGGGGUAUGGCAGAAUGACUGCCAACGGCAGAGCAAUCAUCAAAGAGCGCCUCUCCCGCGAUACGGAGAAGAAGUCUGACAUGAUUGCUUCGUUCAUCAGGCACGGAAUGGAUGAGGACGACAUUGUGUCCGAGGCGACGCUGCAGAUGAUUGCUGGUUCGGACACAACUGCUGCGUCGCUGCGGGUGGUGAUGUUAUACCUCCUUACCCAUCCUCGCGUCUACUCUAAGCUCCAAGCUGAAGUUGAUGCGUUCUAUGCGAGCAAGCAUGUGCAUGAGGCUUCGGGUAUCAUCUCGGACGCAAGCGCCAGGAAGCUAGAAUAUCUGCAGGCUGUCAUCAAAGAGGGCAUGCGCGUCCAUCCACCUGUCACUGAUUCAGUGCCGAAGAGGGUGCCUGAUGAGGGUGAUACAGUCAUCAUUGAUGGAAGAGCCGUGUUUCUUCCCGGUGGAACGAACGUAAACUAUGCGGUGUGGCCUCUGCAUCUCAGCAAGGAAAUCUUCGGGGAGGAUGCUGAAGAGUUUCGGCCGGAGCGUUGGUUGCUAGAGACGAACGAAAGCAAACUGGCGACCAUGAACAAAGUCCAUGAGCUUGUGUUUGGAUACGGGAAGUACCAGUGUCUCGGUAGGCCAAUUGCGAUGAUGGAGAUCGGGAAAACUGUCUUUGAGUUAAUCCGGAAUUUCGACUGGUGUCUUGCAAAGCCGGACACACCAUGGAAGGAGUCCAACUAUGCCGGCAUAUUCGCACAUAGUAACAUGUGGGUACUAGCUUCAGAGCGGCAAAGGGGUUUAGCAAAUGUGUGA